UGCUGAACAUUUUGUCUGCUGCUCGGAGGACUACUGUACUAUCGCUGCAAUCUUACCUUCACACUUCAAUUCACAACAUGCCUCUCAAGGUACUCCCCAUUGGGCCUUCCGAUAUUGAUGAUUUUGUCCGCCUUCAUUACGAGGCUUUUCGUCCAUGGCCGGCCAUUGGCAGCUGUAUUUGGGCGAGAGACCUAGGACCUGAAAGUAGAUCGAUUCAUGCCAACCGCUUCCGACAGGCCUUGGAAGACAAAGAAACACGAAUGAUGAAAGUCGUUGAUACAGAGACGGGGGAGACGAUAGCCGCCGCCAAGUGGGCAUUUUAUGACCAUGAGAGAACACAGGAAGAGCUCGAGAAGUCUCUCGUAGUCCCUGAGCCUGUUCCCGAUGCCAAUCCGGAGGCAUUGAAGGCCAUGAUGGGGAUGUUGUACUCGGCGAGAAGAGAGGUCAUGGGCACAAGGCCGUACUAUCUCCUUCACCUGUUGGUUACGGAUCGAAAACACUACCGCCGGGGGGCUGCCGGCAUGCUGUUGCAAUGGGGCAUGGAGUGCGCCGAUGCAGCUGGCCUGGAAUGUUACCUCGAGGGCUCGGAGAUGGGCCGGCCGCUGUAUGAGAGGAAUGGCUUUGUGCCCAUCAAGGAUUUGCCCUUUGACAUGUCCAAGUACGGCGGAAAGGGUGUCAAUACUCACACGUGCAUGAUCCGGCAACCUAGGACGCCUGGAAGCUCGGCAUAGCUCCUGAAGGUGGGGGAAGGUAGCGUCGCAAUUUAGACAGGAAAGAUCGCUAGGCAAUAGAAUGUAUUUAUAG